AUGAGCACAUGUUUGGGACUGGAGUUCUUGGGAACUCCAGGACAGUGGGCACGCUACCUCCGCUGGGACGCCAGCACCCGCAGUGAUCUAAGGUUUCAGAUUAAGACUGCCUCCCCUGAUGGAGUACUGCUUUACUUUGACGAUGGGGGCUACUGUGACUUCCUGCUGCUGUCUGUGGUGGAGGGCAGGCUGCAGUUGCGAUUUAGUAUUGACUGUGCAGAAACCAGUGUGGUCUCAGACAAGCGACUGGACGACAACCUCUGGCACUUUGUGAUGUUGAGCCGGUACAACCUGCGCACCGUGGUGGCUCUGGACGGGAUGGCCAAGGCAGACGAGGUGCGGCCUCAGAGGCAGCUGAUGAAGAUCGUCAGUGACCUGUUCGUAGGAGGGGUUCCUCAGGACAUCCGUAAUGGGGCCCUCACCCUGCCCACAGUCAGGAGCAUGUCUCCAUUCAGAGGAAGCAUCAGUGAACUUAAGUAUGGGAACAGUGCCCCUCUAAUGCUGGGAAGCCUCAAAGUCCCCCUGGAAACUGAAGGCCGCUGUUCUGUGAACCUCUGUGAGAACGGAGGCAGCUGCUCUGUGGUGGACGGACAGCCAGUGUGCGACUGCUCCAAAACUCCGUACAUGGGCCGCUUUUGCAACCAAGUUGUGCUCAGUGCUCCUGGCGGACACCUCUGCAGUUGGGAGAAUGCACUGUACUUCUGUGCUGGAGAUGAGAUCAGCCCUAGGGAUCCGCUGAGUGUGCAGAACAUGCAUAUGGCUGUGCUGUGUGCCAGCCCUCUGCAUGACCUCUCCAGAGUGUGA